UGGCCGGGCGGAUCUCUUUCCUUUGCUUCCCCCCCCUCUCCCCGUCUCUCUCUCUUCUUCUUCUUCGUUUAUCUUUCUGUUUCCUCUCUCUGUUCUUCAGAUACGGGCAUGGAAGGCGUCGCAUUCAUGGCUCGUAUUGUAAAUUGAAAGAGGGCAAGCGUCCAUUCAAUGCACUGUCAGUUGCACAACCCUCCAUUUAUUACACCGAUUAUUGUUUCUGUUUUCGUUUCCCUUUCCAUCUUGCCCUGCAUGGCCCUUGAUUUCUGUAUCUUUCAAUGAUCCCGAUUUGAUUUGCUGAUUGAUAGCUUUGCUUCGGACUCAGCGAUUCUGUUUAGUAGGCGAUUGCAUAAUGUCUGCGGUGUUAGCAAGAACAGGGCGAGAUCGUCAGCGCUAUGACGAUCAUUUUCGUCUCGUUUCAGGAUGCAUUCCUUUUAGGCUGAUAGAGGACAGCGAUGAAGUUCAUGACCAGUGUGAUAUUGAGAACAAAAUUGAAGUUCUCAUGGUUUCUUCUCCAAAUCGUGAUGACCUAGUGUUUCCGAAGGGUGGAUGGGAGGAUGAUGAGACCAUUCUGGAAGCAGCGUGUCGUGAAGCCGUGGAAGAAGCAGGAGUGAAAGGAAAGCUCAAUGAAAACCCUCUCGGAGUUUGGGAAUUUAGAAGCAAAAGCAGUCAGGACAUCUGCAGCAAGGAGGGAGCAUGCAGAGGAUACAUGUUUGCAUUAGAAGUUACAGAAGAGCUGGAGUCAUGGCCAGAGCAGGGAAACCGCCACAGGAAAUGGCUCAACGUUAAAGAGGCAUUUGGACUGUGCCGGUACGAAUGGAUGCGCGUGGCACUCGGAGUGUUUCUUAGAGUAAUGGUGGGGGGUGAAAACAUUGCAACAACUACAGAAGAGACAUCGGAGACGACCCCAGUAACAGUUCCGAACGUGGUUGAUUGUGCAUUGAUAUCAUCAAACUGCUGUGGAAGGCCUGCGUUCGGUCAGGCGCAGGGUACGAGUCAUUCAGCAGCUGGCAUAGGGAUCUCAAGGGGAUGCAGAUUAGGCAUCACAAUAACAGAAUGAUGAUGAAGUUGUGGAGUGGUACAAACAGUGAAGAGAAGAGAAGAGAAGCAGAUGAGGUAUGCUUUUUGAGCUUUGGUUGGGUUGUUGCAUAGUGUGAAUGAUGGUGCGUUUGAUGAAGGGUAUUGGUAUUGUUGUAAUAUGCUGUGUAAGUAAAUGAAGAAGCCAAGGCAGCCUCAGGGGUGGUUGGUGGGUGGGGGAACCAAACAGUGUAUUGUAGUUGGAUAGAGAUAAAGACAGCCUCAGGUUUAACUCGUGUUUACUGUUUAAUGGAAAUGGAAAUGGUUUAGAGCA